AUGACCAAUGUAGCUUCUGGAAGUGGGAUGCAUUGGGACCAAAGUGGAGGUCCUAUAGGCGAAGACACUGUUAAAUUUCCCGAUAUCAGCACACCGACGAGACACCGCCCUGCACUCUCGUUGGAGCAUGCCCAUGUGAAAGUCCAGGACCAUCCUUCGCACCAUCAUAUCCCGCGCCAUGCUCACCACCGUAGCGGAGAGAGAAUACGCUCGAAAUCUUUCAGUGAGCAAACACAGGAGGUUGCAAAACAGCUCGCUCCGCCCAUAAGCGUUUCGUUGGUUGUGAUGUGUCUAGCGUGGUACCUGUGUUCUGCCAUUUCAAACAACAUUGCCAAGGCGAUUUUGGAUGAGUUCAACUACCCAGUGACUCUCACGAUGGCUCAAUUUGUGUAUGCCGUGGCGUUCAGCAGUCUUUUUUGCACUCUGGCGAGGAUUCGGCCCGAGAUCACGUUUUGGUUCCCCCGUGACAUGGUUGGAACCUCUGGUGUUCCUGCCCCUAAUAAGUAUAUUGUGCAAUCCACGGGGCCGAUGGCCUGUUUCCAGCUUGUUGGACAUAUUUUGAGCUUCAUGUCCAUGUCAGAAAUCCCUGUAUCUCUGGUGCAUGCGAUCAAAUCGCUGUCGCCAUUGUUCACAGUUUUGGCCCAAACAAUUUUCUUGAGAGCCAAGUACAGCUGGGCUACGUACGCAGCGUUGUGUCCGCUGAUGCUUGGUGUUAUUAUGACGUGCGGAGCUGGGUUCAUGGCACGUCCAUUCGCGAUCUUGUAUGCGCUGGCCGCAACAAUGGUGUUUGUGACGCAAAAUAUGUAUUCCAAGCGGCUGCUUACCACGGGCAGUGCGGCCAAUAAUGCCCCCAAGCUUGAUAAAAUGACUGUGUUGUGCUGGUGUAACACAAUUGCAUUUUUUUUGACCAUGCCGAUCUGGUUUUUUUCGGACGGUAUUCGCAUGAUUCAGUAUGGUGUCGCGUCGACUGGUUCAUUCAAACUGUUGUUGACUCUGUUCACUCUCAACGGAUUCUCGCACUUCUCCCAAAAUCUCUUGGCCUUUGUGGUGCUCGGCUCAAUAUCCACUGUUUCUUAUUCUAUUGCAUCUCUUUUCAAACGAAUUGUCGUCAUUACAGUGGCUAUUUUUUGGUUCGGCCAGCAGGUUUCUACUGCACAAGGCUGGGGCAUCGCCAUAACUUUUUUCGGACUCUAUCUGUACGACAAAUUCGGUUCAAAGCCUGAGAUCCCUGCCAAAGAAAGUCUACCGACAUAG